AUGGCCGGCUUUACGCUGAUCACCAAUCGCUACUCUUCCAGCGUCACUCCUGUCAUAGGCUCUCUCGACGAUACUGCUUUCCUUCAGAAUGAAGCCAGCAGAGCCUCCAUUGUGAUCAAUGGUACGGGUCAAAAUGGCGAAGCCGUUCAAGCCUUGAUCGAGGGACUUGCCAAGAAUCCGCUCAACAGCAUGACCAAGGAAAGCGAAAAGCCUGUCUUCCUGCACAUCUCUGGCACAGGCAAUGUCACCCAUGAUGUCCUAGGUGUAGCCAGUCCACGUGUGUGGAACGAUUCGAGCGAUUACGAUGAGCUUAUGCGCAUCGACGAAAGCCACACUCAGGUCAAGACCGACAAUGUCGUCCGUCGGGUCGGCAAGGAGCUGAACGUCAAAACACUCCUCCUGUCCCCACCAACGAUUCUAGGUCGCGGGACGGGACCGGGAGCGCAGGAGACGGUGCAAGAGCUCUGGUACAAUGCUAUCAUUGACAAAGGCGCGCCUUUCCUGCUAGGCAAAGGAGAGAACGUCUGGAGUACCGUGUCAGUUAGGGAUCUCGGUAAAGCAAUCUUAUUCGUCGUCGACCUUGUACUUGACGGAAGUGACAGAUUGGAGUUUGGCGAUCGGGGCUAUUACUUUGUGGAGGCCUUUGAGCUUAGCCUCAUGGAUCGGGCGAAAGCUGUCGGGGAGAGACUGGUCAAGGAAGGCAAGAUCGAAAGCGCCGACGUCCGAUUCCUAAGCGAGGAGGAUGUUGUCAAGGAGCAUGGACCACUCUUCGGCUAUAUCCUGGGAAGUAGCUCGAGAGUCAGGGCCGAUCGCCUCAAGGAGCUGGGAUGGCGGCCCACCGACUUUGAUUGGAAGACUCUGGUCGAGGAGCAUGGCGGUCGUCGGUGCUAG